AUGUUCGGUUGCUUGGGGACAGUAGAGAAGCCAAGUUUGAAGGUCAGUCAAUCGUGGAAGCUAUGUUCAUUUUCUGAACUCACACACGGUCAGGAGCCAAGCAAAAAAUACAAAAAAAAAAAACCCUAUCCUUUUCUCCCAGGGAAGCCCCCGCGCACCCACUCUGCCCUACUCCCUCUCCCAUUCCAACCCAACUUCCUCGGAUCUGCCUCUCCCAGCUCUUCCCCUCUCUCUGUUUCCGCCCUCAGCCUCCCAUCUCCCUCAGUCCCUCUUACUCCUCUGCAACCCGAUCCAUUCACAGCAACCUUCAACCAUCUUCCUCAACCUCAGAUCCCCUCUGCAAUUCCUCGCCGACCACCACUCUUCACAGCAGAACAUAGCCCAGCAUGCGGCAGCCCCGAUCCCCUCCUCUGCAGGCUCCUCUACACAGCAGACAACAGCUCUUUCUUGCUCCAUAGGAGCUCCACUGCAGCAGUCCUCCAGCCCCCUGUUCUAGCAGUCUGCUGCACAGCACCACAGCCACUGCUCCUGCUCCUUGCUGCAAGCCACCCGAGAACCCCUUGUUCCAGCCACCAUUCGCAGACAAGGUCUACAACCGCCGAACACCUGCUCUUCUCCGUCAUAGAGCUCCAGGCGGUCCCCGGAUACUCCCGAGCCGAGCACAAUAACUCCCAGACUCUCAGCGGCUGCAACCCCACCCUCUGCUCCGGCAAUCCAUUCCUUCCGGCCACCUCUGCUCCGACGGCCUGCGGAAAUCCAGAAAGACCGACGGAACGAGGCCGCCGUUGAGUUUAUUGUGCUACCCUACUAGGAGGGUAAUUUUUGAAUUAGGAUCAGGAGAUUUUGGUUGUGGGAUUCUAGAUAUAUUUUUGGAUGUUUUGAGGACUGUAUAUAAACACAAUAUUAAUGUGGAUUGUAGUUAACUCUGGUAUUAUGCACUAUGUGGUUUGGUGAAUGUAAUUUAUUUUACUGCUGCUUA